UUUCUCUCACGCAGGAGCAUGCAACUUAUCCUAUAGCUACGUAUCUAUUACUUUUUAAAAACGGUUAUGUUUAAGGGUAGUGCUAAAAGUAGUCUAUCUUCCAACCUGACUGGAGUAGAGGAGGACGACGUAGACUGCGUGGUGGUGUCUACCUUACAGGGUUAUCCCGUGGGUACGAAGAAGUUAUGAAACGGGUUUGUAGACUAACCAUAGAAAAUAAAGGGCACGACAGAAUUACGAAGGGGCUUCUGUUCCUUUAAGAGGAAAAGGAAGGAGUUCUCUGUUUAGAGUCUCCCAGCGUGUGGAAUCUGCUGCUCACUGCUAGGUAAAUUUAGAACGCGGCGAUUGAAACUAAUGGACUGAGGCAUCUUGGCUUUCAGUUUACACAUAUUGCUGUAUUAAUCUACCGGAUACUGAUGUGGGCAGCAGGGCUGCCAAACUUUCAUUUUGUAAUGAUCAUGGGGAUGUUCUGCAUGGUCUCCCACACUGACAGCUCAGUGAUUUAUCUUUGACCUUGUCCAGAGAUUACCUGAAUUGAAAAACUAUUUCUCAGAAUAAUGUGGGCUACCAAAAAUAUAUUCAGAUUGCAACAACAACAAUACCUGAAGCAAGCUGGACUAUACAACACUCUGUUUUUUAAAUUCCAGCAGUUUUGGGCUAAUAGUUGUUACACUUUACAAACUAUCCGUGUCUUAACCACAUGGAAUGUUUCCCGCAUUCAAAAUACAUGGCUGAUAAUGGAUGUCACAACAGCUGUCAACAAAAGAAGUGAUACAGUUUUUGAUACAGCAUCUAAUUCACCAUGUGGUAGAAGGCAAUGUGAGAUGGAAGCCAAAAUGAAGCAUCUCAACUUGUCAUUUGCAGCCUGUGGGUUUCUGGGGAUCUACCACUUGGGGGCAGCAACUGCUCUCUGCAGACAUGGUAAGAAGUUAUUGAAGGCUGUGAAGGCCUUUGCCGGCGCCUCUGCAGGAGCUUUGAUUGCCACCCUUCUUUUGACGGUGCCCGAAAGUAUAGAGGAAUGUAUAAAAGUUACGCAUUCGUUUGCAGAAGAAACUAGGAAACAAUAUUUGGGAGCACUAACUCCAGGCUAUGAUUUUAUGACAAAACUUAGGGGCAGCAUUGAUUCAAUUCUCCCUCCCAAUGCUCAUGAGAUAGCAGAAAAUCGCCUCUUUAUAUCAGUCACUAGUGCUAAAAAUGGAAAAAAUCAUUUGCUUUCAAAUUUUGCCUCCAGGGAGGAUCUAGUUAAGGCUCUUCUAGCCAGCAGUUUCAUUCCUUUAUAUGGAGGAUUCAAUGCAGUGGACUUUAAUGGAGAGAAAUUGAUUGAUGGUGGCUUAACUAAUGGCCUCCCCAUCCUGCCAGUGGGCCGAACUGUGACAGUUUCUCCCUUUUGUGGCCGAUUGGACAUCUGCCCACAAGACAGAGGACGCGUAGGUGUCUAUGUCAAAGUGCCAAAGCAAGAUCUAAAGUUAUCCAUAGCCAAUUUCAUAAGACUUCAUCAGUCUCUAUUUCCACCAAGCCAGAAAAAAAUGGAAUCACUAUACCAAGAUGGAUAUGAUGAUGCCAUAUUGUUUUUACUGAAGGAAAACUGGUUUGAAUAGAUUAUGUGUGUUGAAAAUUAACAAAGUUUGAUGGCUGUCAGAGCAAAGCUACACUACGUGUAGCCCAAGGGAUUGCUGUCACAAUUUCUGUUUAUCUAAAAUGACUACCAUAGGAAUUGCAUCUGUCACUGUCAAGCAAGUGUUAUAUAUAGGUGUGUAGGCUAGAAUUGUAAAUAUAUUCACAUCCAAUGGAAUUGUGCUUAUGCAGUAAGUAAUUGUUUUGGGGCAGAAUAAUAAACUCACGAGUUUGUGGGGUGGGGGGAGCUCUAGGAUGUCUAGUACAGCAUCCAGUGAUAAUUCAAGAGCUAUAAAAAUAUGAUUGCCAGCAUUAAUUAGCUUUCAGAUAUUUGCUUGUGAAAAUCUACAGCGAGCUGCAUAUUUGUAUUCUUUCAGAAGAAAUCCUAUCUGCUUGUCCAUUAACUGACUUAUUCAUUUUUGUUUUUUUAAAUCUGCUGCAUACUUUUUUAGUAUCGUCUCAAGCAUGAACUCUAAUUACGAAGAGGCUGUGGGAGACAAAACAGCGUAAUUGCAUAUCUUUUAAUUGUUACGCAUAUGUGUUUUGUCAUUAGUACAUUUUGUUCUUCAAAUAAAUUGCAGAGUUUUUUGUAUA